GAAGUCGAUUUCAUUCCGAGCCAAGAUGGAAGAGAUGUCACUUCGCGAUUAGUGGUGGACCGAGUUAAAAAUGAUGGAAAACUAGUGCUUUUUGGGACCGCAGCCGGUUUCAGCAGUACUUAUUCGAGUGUUCCCCGCAAGGUUUCCCGGAACCAUUGCCCCAAGUGUUGGAAAGUGUCCAGUGCGAAGCGAAAAGUGCAUCGGAAGAAAUGAUUUUUCCCAGUGUUUGAAAAAUUAUACAGUGUGCAGAAUAUUCCACGAUUAUUCCGUAUUUUGCGAGUGUUGGCCGAAGGCGAGGAUUCCAUUUUUUCCUUUCUCGACAUAUAAAAAACUGCCUGUGUGGUGGAGAAGAAGGGUGAGAAGGUGUGCGAUUGGGUUGCUUUGAUGUAUUGUGUUUUUCCACGGCUACAGCAGUGUUGGUGCGAUAUUCGAAACGCUUCACGGCAAAAAUCGCGAAUCAAAAAGGAGUUUUUUUGUUACUCUCGUAUCUCUCCAUCUUCUGUGAUUGGAAGUGUGAAAGGGUAGUUGAGUGGAAAAAAAGGGUGAAGUGCACGGCAAGCGCAGGAAGCGAAGAAGGUGAAGAAGACGUUCGGUGGGUGUGAAGAGCAAGAGAGUGGUGGGAGUGGGAGGAAGAGGACGCAGCGGCAGCAGUUUGGACGGGUUUGUGGCCGUGGUGGUGGUCGUGGCGGUCUGCCCGGUUGUCUUCAGCAGCUUCGCACCACCGAAACUACUACCCUGCUUGGACUCUGUCGGGGCAGUAGACGGCUGAUUUUCGGUUUUUUUUGUCCGCUGUCUUGUGGCUGGCUGGUGCCUACCAUAACUGACCGACUGACUGCCAAAAAACCAGUAGCUACAAGCGAAGAUACGGCAGACGAGGCAGCAUCAGCAACAGUAGCUACCAGAGACCUGUGUUGGAUCGCGGAUUUGACAUCGAACGAUCACUGGCUCAAUUACAAUGUGUGGAUAUGAUCGGCUGAGGGAGAAGUAGCAGUGAACUGCAGUAUGCAAACUGAAACGCAAAAUUGAAACAUGGACGGCAAGGAACGACGAAGGUGUUACAUUUCCUCUCAUAGAUGUGCCUUAGGAAUUUCAAGUGCGAACUGUCAGAGCGCUGAAUGAAGAAGCACCCAGCUGGCGGACUUUCAUCGGCUCCGUGUCCAAACGUCGACUUGUUCGAGAGCAUCCGAGAGAUAAACCGCAUGGAAGAGCAGAGGCAAGAUUGAGGAACCGAAGUGUGUGACACAUAGGAACGCGAGAAGCUUAUAUACCUAGCUUAUAAACGUACACACCCCCUCGUUCGCAGAUGGAAGAAACCACGGUGUAAUAACUUCUUUUUUUUUUCGUCGGUUCCAUUUCGCAUUUCGUACACGCAAGAAGCAAUUGUCAGCGCUGUUUGUAGUAGAGAAGAUUACCGCAUCUAAUUGUGUGUCGCUGAUAAUCAAUCACAACGCAUCUCUCUCUGGCGAAGGGACAACCUGAUGCACACUUACGAAUACUUAGCCCUUAUUCUUAGAUUUUUACCCUCUGAAUGUGAUUACAAUAGGGGCGACACCCAACGAGUUGAUUAGGAACCUUAGAAAUUAGCAAUUUAAACAUUUGAUAACCGAGCGCAUCUCCGGUAGCUCUGCAUCACUUGUCCGUUGUCGUAGUCUUCCCCCCCUUCUAUGCUUGGUGUUGAAGACGGCUAUAAGGCUGAUAAGUUUGACUAAGCUGUUCGCGACGAGACUUGUGUAUUAGUAGUACCCAAUCAGCAGCUUAGUAGAGUAUAGCCGCACUACGACCAAGCCAUAAUCGGUGUUCGGUGGUCGGAGGCUAGGCGGGGUAGAUAGCUGGUUCCAUACAAUAAUGGACAGCGGCGUCGAGGACGGCAUUGUGAUCUACCGAGCGACCGUCAGCUACACUUCCGCCAAUGCCGAUGAGCUUAGCUACCAGAAGGAGGACAUCCUUGAGGUGUACGUCCCGAAAACGUCGACCGGCGGUGGUUCGUCGGCGGCCAGCACUACUGGUGGAUGGUACAAAGCGGUCAACACGCGCACCAAGAAGAAUGGCUACGUGCAAUUACAAAACCUUCAGCGCUGCAACGAGAUUAGUAGCAGCGGUAACAGCAUCAGCAUGACAACCCCAUCCUCCUCCCACUACAUACCAGUGGCCGGUCUGGCUGGGGACAACAAUGUCGUAGCCAACAUCAGCAGCAGUAACAGUAGUAGUAUAGGUACCACAAUCAACAACAGCAGCAGUAGUGAGUUGUGCAACAACAACAAUGGCAAUACAACGAUAUCGGUCGCUACGACCAUGGAGUCCACGAUGGCCAAACUUACGAUUACCAAUUCCUCCAAGGAUGUCGGUGGAACCGGCAGCGGGACGUCCGAAGAUAUCUACGUGUCGUGUGUGAAUCCCACCAGCGGAGCGGGCUUGGUUAAUAAAGUGGAUGAAUUAAGUAGUAAAAGCAUUAACAAAUACCACACGACAGUACCUGUUUAUUUUGUAACUCCUAUUAUCUGUUUACUUUGUCGGGACUACAUCUGGGGGCUCGGACUGCAAGGACGACAGUGUAGACAGUGUUGGUCGUGUUUCCACAUCAAGUGCUUACCGCUAGCCGUUCACGAUAUGUGCCAAAGAAGUUUGCCCGACGUUUAUCCGAUGAUGCCGGCCAUCCACGGUACCGACAAGUCAAUUAACGAGUGGACGUCAGUGAACGUUUUGGAGUGGAUGGCGGCAAACAACCUGUACACCUACGCUGACGUAUUCAAAGCGAAAGAUAUAAAAGGCUGUGAUUUAUCAAACUUGGAUCGUGAUAAACUAGGACAAAUGGGUAUUAAAAAUGAAUUCCAUCAGCAAACUAUCCUUGCGUCCAUAAAGGAUUUGCUGACGAGUGCGGAGAAGCCAAUCCAAAGCGGUGGAACGAUGCGGACCAUCAGCGGCGGAAGCGGAAUCGUGCUGAAGAUAGCCGGUGAGGACAGCGGCCUCGGCAGCACCGAUCCGGCGGCGACAGGCGGCAAGCACUCGCACGACCUGGUGAACCAUUCGUUCUUGAAGCUGGUUAAAUGUGAUAAGUGUCAGCAGUACUUGCGCGGGCUGAUACAUCAGGGAUUGCUUUGCAAGCAGUGUAAUCUCAUCGUCCACCGGCAGUGUUCGGUCACGGGACUUAUGCCAUGUACGGCAACAACCGGGGUGGACACCGGCGGCAGUCGGACGCCAACGACUACUGUACUGGCCACGACGAACAGGGCCCAGCCGGUGUUCGGGGUCGGUCUGUGCCAUCAGUUCAACGUGGACCAACUGCCGGCACCCCAGAUUGUAAUAAUACUCUGCAAUGAGCUCGAGCAGAAGGCCCUGUGCGACGACAACCUAGAUCUGUACAAACUCUACCGGACGACGCCGUCCAGCUACGACGAGGUGAACAAACUGCGCGACUCGCUCAACGAGAAUCUGAUCAACACCGAUCUCAGCAACUACUCGCCCGAGUGCGUGGCCACGGUGCUGAAGAAGUUUCUGCGCGAGCUGCCCGACCCGAUCAUUCCGGUUCUGUUCUACGACAAGUUUAUAGAGGCCUCAAAAAUAACCAGCGAAGCGGUGGCCGCCGAGCAGCUGCGACUACUCAUCCACGAGCUGCCGGUUCACCACGUCAACACGCUCAAACACAUCAUGGUCCAUCUGAUACGAAUCUGUCGAAUGCAGUGCCAGCGGGGGAUUGAUAGUCAACCGACGAUACUGAUACAAGUCUGGUGCCAUAUUCUGUUACGUCCUCGCUGGGAGAAAAUUGUUCAAAUCGUGUAUAACACGGAAAACCACCUGCGGAUAAUGGAGUUGCUGUUCUACAAGCUGGAUUGGAACGAGAAGCUGCCGGAAUUCGCAUCGGCCCCAGCAGUGCCUCCGCGGAAGAUUUCCCGUAGUACGGCUUCGCUCCAACAGCAGCAACAGCCACAAUCAUCGCAACAACAACCCUUUCUGCAACCAAUUCCUGGUUCUUCGACCUCUGCUGCUGCCUAUCAGUCGUCCUCGUCGUCGUCUGGUAGUCUGAGGAAGCAGCCAACCAUCACUUCUCCGGCAGCUGUGAUACCGUCGACCCUGAUGGUGGGGCCGAUCUACGAUACCGGCAGCAGUGGUUAUGGCAGUUGUGGUUCCGGGUCCACCGCUGGCGAUGCCCGGGGGACGGCCAUGUUCCGAAUGGUGGGCGAUGCCGACACGCCAGCCGAUCUACGGGCAGCCGAAUGGUACUGGGGCAACAUCAACCGGGACGAGGUCAAAGAAAAGAUGACCGAUGUUCCGGAUGGGUCUUUCUUGGUGCGAGAUGCGUCUAGUGGGAACGGGGAGUAUACGCUCACGCUGAAGAAGGACGGUGCCGAUCGAGUGAUCAAGAUCUUCCACACCCAAGACAAGUACGGUUUCACGAGAGACGGUAGCCACAACAGUGUGGUGGACUUGAUCAACUUCUACCGGAACGUGUCGCUAAAAGAGUACAACACAAUCCUGGACAUCAAACUGAUGUAUCCGAUCUCGCGGUUCGAAGACGAUACCUACAUAAGCAGCACAGGGGACGAUACUCCUCGGUUAGCGCAGAAGUUCAUCGAGAUAUCGCAAAUGUUGAACGAUAAGCUACACGAGCGGGAGCGACUCCAGGAGGAUCUGAACAUGUCCAAGAACCAGGUCGAUUUGAAGAAGCAGGCCCAAGAAGCGUUCAUCGAAGCGGAAAAGCUUUUCCAAGACCAGCUAGCGAUACAGGCCAAGUUUGUAAGCGAGGCGCAGCCUCACGAGAAGCAAGGCAUCAGCACCAACAACAAGUUAAUUCGGGAUCGGAUGCAGGAGCUGAACCAGUGCCGGGAUCAGCUGCAAGAAGACAUGAAGAUCGAGAAAACUCGAAUCUGGCAACUGGAGCGAGAUAUUAACAAGCUCAAUCCGAACAUCAUGUCGCUGAGCAAAGAGAAAACCAGUUACAUCGAGGAACUGAAGCGCCAGGGAAUCAGCGAGAGUCAAAUCAAGCAGAUGGAGACGGACGGGUACUUCUCGCACAGUCACGGCAGCCAGGAGAUGCCGCACAACGACGAAUCGACCUGGCUGGUGCCAACAUUCAACCGAACCGAUGCCGAGAAGGAGCUGGCAUCGAAACCCAAUGGAACGUUCGUGAUACGGCCGGGAAGCGGAGGCCCCUAUGCUCUCUCCAUCAAGUGCAACGAUACGGUCAAUCACUGUAUCAUCCAGCAGACGGAUCGGGGCUACGGUUUUGCGGAACCGUACAACAUCUACGAUUCGCUCAAGUCGCUGGUCCUGCACUACGCCACAAACUCGCUGGAGGAACACAACGACACGCUGCAGACGACGCUGAAGUACCCGCUGUUGGCCCCCACCCGGCAGCAGUCUACCUAGGUCGGUCCAAGGAAGGUAAAAAUUUCCAGUCCAGGUUUUCGUUGACGAAAAACGAAUGCGGGAGAGUUGUUACUUUCUUAUAUAUGUUUUGGAAUGCAUUCGCGCCAAAUCGGUAGAAUCGUUUUAAUUUCCUUUUUAACGUAGAUGUUUAUUCCACUGUUGGGUAACGCAGUUUAGCAAUCUUUUACAGCUCUGUAGCUAGGAAGUUAUGAAAUACACAAACAUAGUUAUGGUUUUGAUUUGAAGAAUGCGAACAAGAUUCGGGAUGCGGACUGCGAUUGUGGAUAUUCUUAAGGUGAGAUCGGUAAUUGAGUUCCCAAUGUCGAUGGAGGAUAUCGGUCGGUUUUAAAGUGGUGCGUCGCUCUUUCACAAUCACACAUUUUGGCUACACAUUGCAAAAUUUACUCCGUUUGAAUUUUGAAAAGCAACUUGCUCUGCUAAACCAUGUCACUUAUCGUCGUCGUCAUGUUGUUUUCGUUGUUAAUUUAACUACUUCUUUAUCUACUAGUGAUUGUACAUAUCAAAAAUGUUAGCUUUUGCGUACGGCGUCGAACUUUUGCGCGUACAAAAUUAGGUAGGUUUAACUGGAGCGAUCGGGAUUUCUCAGUGAUCUCUUAUGUUAAGGGAUUGCACGUUCAGUCCAAGAUAGCCAAACUCGCUGAAUAUAAAUUUAAAAGAUGGACGUGUGUUGCUUUUCAAGCGUGUUCGUUUCAGAAGCUCUCCUCGGGAACUUUGUUGAACUGAGGAACCAGGAGAGUUGGAUGGCAAGAAGUACAUUCCACUCACUGUCGGCACGUGGCCUUUUUUUUUAGGUUGCCGCUGUCAGAAAAUGCAAUUUGCACAUUCAGGUGCCGUUGUAUUUCGGAUAUGUCAGACUAGAAUGUUUUUCGGUGCGAUUUAAACGAGGGUUCUUCGGUCGGGAGCAAGCGGAAGGGGAAAAUCUACUCGGAGGCUGGAUUGGUGCUUUUUUAUCCUCUCGGGGGAAUUAAUUGAGAAAUACCCUCUGGGGGUACUUUUGGUUUAACUCCCAGAAGGGAGCUAUUCUUAACGAAACGUGAUGUGAUGUUAUUUCUAGCUCCUUUGCUAUCUUCGUUGGGAAGACAAACCUGUACUUUUCAUGAAGUUCUGGAUAUAUAGUGUUAUCUGAAAUAUCCUCUUACAGUCGACUAAGCUAACGGAAUUUUGUUGUGGCAUUUACUCUAAAAAUCCACUAAUUCAGUAUUUUGCAUUGGCCAAAAAUGAAUAAGAGUAACUUUUGAGCUUUUAGAAAAUCUCCCAUCGGGGAAGUUUAAAAAUACCCUCUGGGGGAACAUUUAGUUUGACCCCCAGAAAGGAAUCAUUCUUCUUAAACCUCUCUUUCGCAUGGUAGCACAGGUGAUCCACCGAUUUUCGACAAACGCUAGCUAAACCGAAAUGGUUCGAUUAGCUCAAUAAUGAUUGGAAUAAAUUUAUGUGCUCAUUUGUCUCAUCAAACUUCGAAAUUAGUGACCUAAUGAUCAAACUAUGAAUAACAAUCCAAUCUUUUUAUAGUGAUUUUGAAUAAUUUAGCUUAUUUGCAAUAAUUUUUUUUUUAGAUACGCCAUUUUGUCGGAAAAAGCUGUGGGCAAGAAAGGGUUAAUAAAAUGAGAGACAAAGUGAUACAAUGAGAUUUUUCAAGCACUUCACUCAUCCUCGUUUGUAUACUAAACUUAUAUUUGCCAUGCAAGUUAAGAAGUUUACAGGAAUUUUGACGAAAGAGGUCUCUGAAGUCUUUAUUUGUUUCAAUCAAAAUGGUCUCUAAAGUCUCUUUUUGCAUAUCUUGCUUGCAGUGAAGUCUGAUGCAAAAUAAUGUAGGCUCUAGGGAAACCUUCAGAGACUGUUACGAGACUUUUCAGCUAAUUCUUUAAAAUUUUUGUCCCAGAUUUCUCGAGGAAAAGCUUCCGGAAUCAUCCAUGUGGUUUCUCUAGAGAUUUCAUCUGGAAUACUUCCAGGAAUUCCUACCAGGAUCUCCCCAGAAAUUCUUCCAGAGAAAAAUUCUCUUAGAUAUUCUCCCAGCGAUUGUUCGAAGAAUGUCUUGAAUAAUUUGGUCAGAAUUUGCUCCAGGAACCACUGGCUUAGGACUUCCUCUAGAUAUUUUUCCAUUAAUCCUUCAAACGAAUUUUCCAGUUGUUACUCUAGAAGAUCUCAAGCGUGUGCUGGAAUAUGGGCGUAAGUCGCAUGAUCGGUUUCAUAGAUCCUAUGUUCUGUGAACAAAGGUGAUAAGAUGCAAGCUUGUCAGCAUUUUUUCACUUCAGACCGCUUGGCAGCGUUGCAAUGUUGCGUCCUGAGAUGAAAAAAUGCUGACAAACUUGCAUCUUGACAUCUUCAUUCGCAGAAAAGAGGAUCGAUGAAGAGAAAUCGAUCAUGCGACUUACGCCUUUAUUUCGGCACACGCUUGAUCUUUUUACCGGAUUAUUUCCAAGAAAAACUGCGACAUUUCAUCCACGGUAACUCCGAAGAAUUUCUUCAAAAUAUCCUCGACUGGUUAUUCGAGAAAAUCUAUCAAGAACUUUUCAAAGAAAACUUCAAACUAGACCCUGUGUUUUAUCAUGGUUUUUUUUCUAGAAAUUUCUCCAGAAUUUCAUCGAAGAAUGCAGUUCUUCCAAACAUUUUAAUAAAUUCCCACGGAUCUUACAAAAGUUAUAAAAUUUUAAGGUUGCAUCUAAUUAACACUGCAGAAUUUUUACAAAAUAUCCUACACAUUUUUUUCUUCCUCAAGAGCCUAUGAGUUUUUCUAGUAACCGUUAUUCAUCAUGGGUGACUUGAAAACUCAUACAAGUUUCAUCAGAGAUUACUUUAAAGUUUGCUUUAGAAAUACUUCAUGGACUUUUAUGCACAUUUUUUCAAAUUUCUGCAAAAUUAGAUGCACAAUUUCCAUAGAAAAAUUCCUGGAAGAAUACUUGAACAAAUCUUUAAAGACGUCCUUGAGAAAUCUCAAAGAAUUACUGUAGGAAUUCCCAAAGAAAUUGGAGAAAUUCCUGGAGAACCAUUCUUCAUAACGAAAUGAGGAAAAGUCGAUUACAGGGAGAUAUUUCUUUGUACAAAUUGCAAUGAAAAAGCUCAGGCUCUUCAAAAGAAUUUUAUCCUCCUGGAGGAAUAUCAAAUACCCUCAGGGGGAGUAUAGAAACCAACAGUACCCCCAGAGGGAAUUUCUUAACGAACCUCAGAAUCAUUCUCCAUAACAAAAUGAGAAAAAAAAAACGAUUGCAAUGAAAUAUUUCUUUGUAAAAAUUGCAAUGAAAAAGCUCAAGCUUUUCGAAAGAAUUUUAUCCUCCUGGAGGAAUAUCGAAAUACUCUCUGGGGGAAUUAGAAACCAAAAGUUCCCCCAGAAACCCAGAACCAUUCUUCAUAACGAAAUGAGAAAAAGUCGAUUACAAUGAGACACAAAUUGUAAUGAACAAAUUCAGGUUCUUAUGAAUUUUAUCCUCCUGGAGGAAUAUAGCAGUACUAUUUGGGGGAUAUAGAAUCCAACAGUUCCCCCAGAAGUAUCUUCUUAACGAGCCCCAGAACCAUUCUUCAUAAUGAAAUGAGAAAAAGUCGAUUACAAUGAGAUAUUUCUUUGCACAAAUUGCAAUGAAAAAGGUCGGCUCCUAAACAUAAUUUUAUCCUCCUGGAGGAAUAUAGAAAUACCCUCUGGGGGUAUAUAGAAACCAACAGUUCUCAUAGAGGGACUAUCGUAACGGAAUCCUAAACUAUUCUUCAUAACGAAAUGAGAAAAAGUCGAUUACAUUGAGAUAUUGCUUUGUACAAAUUGCAAUGAAAGAGCUCAGGCUCUUAUGAAGAAUUCCUGGAGGAAUAUAGAAAUAGCCUCGAGAGGAAUAUGGAAACCAACAGCUCCCCCAGAGGGAACUGCUUAACGAACCCCGGAACCAAUCUUCAUAACGAAAUGAGAAGUCGAUUACAGUGAGAUAUUUCUUUGUACAAAUUGCAAUGAAAAAGCUCAGGCUCUCCAAAAAAUUUGUAUCGUCCUUGAAGAAUAUAUUAAUACCCUCUGGGGGAGAUAGUUCCCCAGAGGGAAUUUCUUAGAGAAAACCCGAGCCAUUCUUCAUAACGAAAUGAGAAAAAUUUGAUUACAAUGAGAUUUUUAUUUGUUAAGAUGAUGAAACCUGGAUCCGCCGUGCAAGUCAGGUGGAUAAUUUCAAACUAGUAUUGUGUACUAGAGAUUGUACUUUCUUAUGCAUUUCAUUUGUCUUGGCAUAUUCUACGAGUGAAGGAAGGUUCGACUACGAUGAACGUGUAUGAGUUGAGUUUUCUUGCUUUGCAUUGGAAGUCCGUUGUAUCCCAAUGCUCCUCUCAUAGAGUAAUUCCAUUUCUAAUCAGCAAUCCCAAUCCAAAUUCAUUGCUGUAUGUUUUAGAUUCUCAACUAAAAUGUACUUUCGAAUUUUGGAACGUAGUGAGACAUGUCUCCCACUUCAGUGGUAGGCUAUGUUCUUCUAUUUUCAGUUAGGUAGAAAGAAGCGAAUUUGUCGUGAAAGUUUUAGCUGGUGAUUGAGAUUCUUAAAGAAUUUUGUUUAUACAUUAUGUAGGAAUGAAAACCAUGCCAGGAUUUUGAGGGAACUGUACCCUAAAUUCUGUGCAACAAUAUUCCAAUUUCGCGUAACAAAUGAACAAAUUAACUUGGGAAAGGUGAAUCUACAGAAAUAAGGUGAGACAAAUAAGGUCUCAUGGUGAGUAUUCACAUCUCGUUACCUGAAAUUGAAGACCUAGAUAUCUUCUCGUAGAUCAUCUUCGGAUAAGUGAGAAAACUCGAAUGAGUGAACCCACAUGUGAUAUGUGCAGCGAGUUUACUUCACUUAAUGAAUUCAGGUAAGACUUCUCAGUCUCUCCUGGAACCGAAAAAAACUUGGCUCAAAUGAGGUGAGUUUUAUGAAAUGAAUCGAACUCAUAAACUCAUAAAUCAUAAUACGAGUUAACAGUGAGAAAACUCAACUCCAAUCAGAUGUUUGUCAUAUUAAUUACUUGAAGAUUCAUCUCGUUCGAGUCGAUUUUUCUUCCGUGAUAUGAGAUCGACAUAUCUCACAUCGACACUCGCGUAGAAUAAAGCCAAAAUCCAGCUCAAAAUCAAACGAGUAGAGAUUUCUCACUUCUCAUCAUUCGAGGUGAAGAAAUUGAAUCACGAAUCAGCAAUCACAAUCCAAAUUCAUUGCUGUAGUCGUCUCUCAAGAAAAUUUCGGAAUACCCUCUGGGGUAACUGUUGGUUUAACACAAUAGGAAAUGCAUUGUUUUCAACGAAGUGAGAAAAAAUUGAGUACAGUGAGAUAUAUCUCUCAUUUAUAGGUAGGCUAAGUUUUUCUAACUCCGUUGUUCGAAAAAAACUGAACUGGAUUUGCCGUGAGAGACUCAGUUUGUGAUUCCUGUUUGAAAUUCUAGUAGAAUUAUGUCGACGCAUUCUGUGAGAAUUCAGCUCAAGCUUUCAUCAAAAUCUUGUCCAGGAUUUUGUGGGAGUCCUACCGUAAAUUCUGUGCACAAAUGAGCUAAUCAACUCAGGAAAUGUGAGUCUUCAGAAUUAAGGUGAGGUAUCAGCCUCAUAGUGACUGUUCACAUCUCGUUAUAUGAAAUUCCUCUUGUAUAAUUGUGCUUAUUCUGCGCGGCGUGUGAGUCGAGACGAGUCGCUCUUACCUCGAGUGACGUGAGACGGCUAAUGUAAAUCAGAAUAAACACAAAUAACUUCAUUCGUUUUACAAGCUUCUCAAGUCGACCUUUCUCACUUCAUCAUGUGAGACCUAGACCUCGUAAAUUUGAAUCAGAUGAGUGAGAAAACUCGAAUGAGUGGACCCACAUGUGAUGUGUGCAGCGAAUUUACUUCGAUUAACGAUUUUAGGCGACACUUCUCAGUCUCUCACAGUGAAGUGAAAAAACUUGACUCAAAUGAGAUGAGUUUUAAGCAAUGAAUCGAACUCACAAUACGAGUUAGGUGAGACAUCUUGACAGGGGGAAAACUCAACUCGAAUCAGAUGUUUUCCAUAUGAAUCACAUGAAGAUUCAUCUCGUUCCGGUCGAUUUUUCUUCCGUGGUGUGAGACCGACAUCUCUUAUAUCAUAGAAUGAAGCCAAAAUAUAAUAAGUAGAGACUUCUCGCGUAUUUUUUCAAAAGGAUUUAUGUAACUAUGAAAAAUUCUCUUCCCUCAUGUUCUCUUUCGGUUAAAACAGUGCAAUAUUAACGCUUUUGGAAAAAUUUUCACUAUAGAUCGUAACAUAUUCUUCUUAGCUAGCGUUUCAUUCAAAAAACGCAACAGAUAAUUUUAAAGUGGCUCAGUUUUCGAUUGAAGAGAAAGUAUACAAAGAAAGCCUCUCAAUGUUAGGUAGGUCAUUUGAUAGAACAUUUUGAAAAGUUAUGCGAGAAAUCCACUGACGCUUGGUCAGCUUUAUACCAAAAGCUCAUCCUGGACAGAGAACCCUCGUCAAAAAAUUAAAAUUUCUAUCCUCACACAGAGCAGCUUUAUGUCCACAACACCGAUUCCUCUAAAGAUGUAAAUUUAAUCGGAAUAUGUUCUAUGAAGAGUAAAAUGUAAUCGAGAGUAGAAUUGGACGGUUUUCGCUAGAAAAUAUCCACAAUCGCCUAUAAAACACGCAAUACUUCCAGUAGCGAGGGGAAAGGAAAACAGAAGAAAAACGUGGAAACGCAAAGAAAAUCACAGGGAAGAAGACAAAUAAUGAAGUUGAAACUAUGGAAAGCAAAAAAGAGAGAAAAAUACGAAAGAGACGAAUGCAUUCUCCCAGCGAAGAAGGAUGAGCGAACAACAAGAGAAGUAAACGUACAUCUCUCGCAAACACCACGAGUUGCGAGAGAAGGAGAGAGCGAGAGAAAAAACAAGUCCCAGUGUGGUACGGAGAGGCGGUACGUCUCUUCGCGUGAGCAAAUAAGGAACAGAUCUUACUCGUUUCGUAAAUAUAUACAUAUAUUUUUUAACAUUAGCUUUUCGUGAACAGUUCUCGUCGAUUGUAAUGUUUGUAACUUGUAUAAAUUUAUUUGAUCAUUAUCUAUUGUUUAAGGUGUGCUUGGAGCGUGCGUGAAGGUGAUGCGAUUGGGAGUGAGUGAGAGCGAAAAUGAAUGGAUAACUCGCGGAAGAGAGUCUUUAAGCUACGUUUAAUAGUUUUUUAUACUUUUUAAAACUUACGUACCAAUGUAAGGCAUUAGAUAUACUUUUUUCUUUGUGUGUAGAAGGCGGUAAUCGGUCGGUAAAGUGAUCACCGCCGAACGCUCUAAUAUAUGUAUCAACAAAACACACAUAUACAUAUACAAAACUAGGAGAUAAAAAAAGAAACAAGCAUUACUACAACUACACAUACAUACAUAGGAGUUAUAUCAAUUGAUUUAAUCAUUUUAAACUGUGUUAAUAAUUGUAAUUUGAAAGAAACAACUUGGAAGUAGAAGAAAAAAGCUAAAAUUCUGUGAAUUCUACGGAAACAUCGGAAAAUCAAAAUGGCCAAUGUGAAGGAAAACACGAAAACUAGACAGAGGGACAAGAGGGAAGGAAGGAAACAAAUCUAAAGAGCAACCAAUUUAAUAUAUUUCCGGAAUGGGACUAAAAAAACAAGAUAAUCUGAGACAAAAGAAAACAAAGUAAAAUAGUAAUCAAAAGAGCAGAAAAGUUUUUAAUUUUAAAAAUUAUCUAUAAAACAAUACGAGAGUAAAAUAUAUUCAAAAAAUCGUGAGAAGAUGGCGAAAAAUCCAAGCAAGAGCAAACACAAACGAAGACGAGAAGAAAAAAAAAAUGCAAAAGUUUGUAAAACACAAUAGUAAGUUAAUAGGAAUACAAUAACAAAUUGGAAGUGUGUCAAAAACAACAGAAGCAAGGAAGCGGAAAGAGAAACAAAGGAAGCGAAAGAUUGAGAAUAGAAGAGAACAAACAGAGCAGCUGUGAUACGACGACGACACGAACAACAACAAAAUAAAAGAAGAGAGGUUCCCCGUUCGCUUGCUUGUGUAGCCGAUGCGUUUAGGGUUUCACGCGAGAUUUGGUCCAACUUGUAAGGUAGAAAGAUUAUCAUCAACAAAUUGUAGCUGUGGAAAGUAGGGGCCGCCGCUUUUUUUGUGUAGCUCGAUUGGACAGUUGGGA